AUGAAGCCGCCGAGAUUCCAAGGAGGUAUAGAGUUGAUGAAAGCCGAGGCAUGGGUUUUGAAAAUAGAAAAGUUGUUUGAAAUCUUUCCCAGUGUAGACGCUCAGAAGUGUUCGAGAUCGAAAGGGAAGACCACAGAGUUCCAGAAUUUGACACAAGGGAACAAGACAGUGGCAGAAUACGACCGUGCCUUUACUGAAUUGGCGAGAUAUACGCCUCACAUGGUGGAUGACGAAUACCGAAAGGUGAGGAAGUUCGAAAGUGGGUUGCGUGGAUCGAUACAAGAUCGGGUUAACAUGCUUAAUAUGCCAACAUACGCCGGAGUACUAGACAAGGCCAUCCUGGCGGAAGCUAACUUAAACCGAUACCAGAAUCCAGGAGAGAGUCAGAGGAAAAGGCAGAAUUAUGAUAAUCGCCGAGUUCCAUUCAACACCAAGAAGAAGGCAAACGUGGACAGUUCCAGGGCUUGCUACGAGUGUGGCGAGAUAGGUCAUCGUGUGAAGGACUGCCCGAAGACAAAGGCUGAUGAUGGACAGAGGAAUGGAAGCACCUCGGGCUCUGCACAGAAAAACAAUGUCGGAAGGAUACAGACGAGGCAGGGUAGAGUUUUUGCAUUAGUGCCGGGAGACACUCAGAGUGCCGAGGCAGUAGUGUCAGGGAAGUUGGGAAUUGCAUUUGCCAUUAAUGGAAUUCGCAUACAGCAACAAUUACCAAGCCAGCAUUGGCAUGGCGCCGUAUGA